AUGACUAGUACGGCGGAGAUCAAGUACGUGAGGAGUUGGUACACCCUCAUCAUUAUUUUGCAUAGGGAGAAACUCCCAUGUGAUGUAGUGCUCCGCACCGCUGCCGUGUUUUCCCCUCUGUUCUCUCUGCGUGAUGGACUCGACGCGUUGGAAUGUUUCCAGAGUCCCAGAAAUCCCAUUCGUUUCGACAGCGUUGUUCUUUUUGGUCGUAACAUCCGUGGAAGCACCAAGUGCUUUCUUGAUUCCGUCUACACUAACUACUACUUAAGUGUGCGGAUCAACAAACUGGAUCUGAAGGGGAACUGCCCUAGCUUUUCUAUUUCGGAGUACUCCACUCUGAGGCUCAAUGAGAUUCCUGAAUCGGAAAACUUCCCUUCUCUCAAUGUUUACCAACCCAGUGAUGAUAAUCAACUACGGCAUUUGAUUGACCUUGACCUUAUAAUGAGUGGUAGCACGCCUACAGUGGCCCUAGUAGUAAUCACCAGUCGAUCAGGAGGGGCUGGGCGAGAACGUGACCUCGGGAAGAGCCAUGAAAGUGGGAGUCUCCAGACAAUCUGUACUUUCCAGUUCAAGGCUACGUGUAACACAGAUGCCGGGUCCGUCAACACGGUAGUCCAGACCUCAAUGCCGGGUCGGAAGUUGAUGGUGCAGUUUGAUCCGGCCGAUUUUGACAAUACGAACAGCUUUGAGAUUACCGUCACUCCAUUCUAUCUGGGGAACACAUUCAGCUGUCCAGCCGAGCACUUCCGGUGUUUCAACUCACGCGAUCAUUGCAUUCCAGAUAGCAUAACUUGUGAUGGUGUUGACAACUGCUUUGAUGCGUCUGACGAGUCAAACUAUCUAUGCACCGGUCGAAUCGGAAACUUGCCGUUACCGCUCUUUAUUAUUCUCGUCGUCGUGGCAGCUCUUUUCCUCGUAGGACUGAUUACUGGAUUGGCUAUUUAUCUUCGUAGGCGACAUUUCCAGAAGCGAAGCGAAAGACCCGAGUGCAUCGAUAUGAACAUAAUCCAGGGUCAGUCGGCAGCUCAAGAACCUCUGAUGCCUCCACCACCACCUCCAACGCAGACGCGCUGA